AUGGAGGUGUCACAUUCUUUGACGCUGAAUGAGGUGGCUCUUCAGCAACUACCCGACGAUAAGAAACCACACUUCAUUUUUGAAUGGCUUCGAUUCCUCGACAAAGUUCUUGUAGCUGCCCAUAAGUCUGAUCUCAAAAACUGUCAGCAAAAGCUUGUAGCUCAGCUUGUGAGUCUUUUUCGUGAGAAUCUCGGAGUGCCAGCCAGGAGGCUGCUCGCGAGAUGUUUGGCCACACUCUUCUCCGUUGGUGACACAUUCCUGUUGUUUGAAACGGUCAAUAAGUGCAAUGACAUCAUAAAAGUUAAGGAUGACUCUCCAUCAUACCUGCCUACUAGACUUGCUGCCAUAUGCUGUCUGGGCAGCAUGUAUGAAAAGUUGGGCAGAAUGAUGGGACGUUCAUAUGAAGAAACUGUCACCACUCUAGUGAGGUCCAUGAAAAGUGCUGAGUCUCAGACCAGGCUAGAGAUCAUGAUUACACUGGACAAGAUCUGUGUCGGUAUGGGUACAGCGGCAGGCUCCGCCCUCCGUGAAGUGUCACGUGCCGCUCGUUCCUCAGUUCAACACGAGAGGGCGCCAGCAGUACGAGCGGCAGCGGCAACAGCAUUAAAACACGUACUGCCGUUAAUGAGACUCACUCCAGCUGAUGUUGACGCCAUAGCUGCUGCUUGUCUAAGAGCAGCACAGACUGCUGAUUAUGCUUUGAGAUGCUCUGUAGCAGAUCUUCUAGGCGCUUUGGUAGCAGCCACUCAGGCCGGAGAAACGAAUUCUAUCAACACCAAAACUAAAAUAGGAAUGCAAUCAGUACACCAAAACAAGAAAGACCCGCCAAAGAAUGUUAUAUCACUGGAUGAGGCUUUAAAUCUUUUAAUGGGUGCCUUCUUACGAGGAGGAACUUCGUUUCUUAAGGGUGAGAUCAUCAAGUCUGGCUCCGCUGUCAACAGGGAAGUCCGUGUUUGUGUUACACAUGCAUAUGUGAUCUUUGUUCAAAACAUGGGAGGUGUGUGGUUAGAGAGGAAUUUGACAACAUUCUUAACCCACGUGUUAGAUCUGGUUGCAAACCCCAAGGCGGCUAGUUCGCACGUAGAUGCUGUAUAUUCAAGAAAAUGUAUCAAUUAUAUAUUAAAGAACACUCUGGGCAAGAUGUUAGGUGAGAAAGCUCAAGCGUCCGCUUGUAGAGAAAUAAUACAGAUUAUAGCAAAACAAAUGAACAGUAUCGACUUCAACCCGGAAAACGCUAAGGAUUGUAACCAGGAGACGUUGUUCAGUCAGCAUUUAUUAGUGUGUGCGCUAUCACAGGCAGCAUCAUUAUGUUUAGCUUUAGGCACAGCAUUACAUAACCUUGUAGCCGAUCCAGGAUUACAUCUUAUAGAUACUGUGUUCUCGGUGUUAGAACAUCCGUGUGUAGCGGCGAGGUUGGCGGCAGCGUCGUGCGCGAGGUCGCUGGGUCGAGCUCACCCCGCCUUGUUGACGCCAUUGUUGGAUAGAUGUGCGGACGCUUUGGACGUGCCGAGACCUACACCGCAUAGGAUAUCCGGUUAUUCAGCCGCGUACGCUGCAAUCCUGGGUGCUGUUCAAUGGUCGCCACUCGGUGUUCCUCACGGUCGUGGUAAAGUCGCCUUUAACGCGGCAGAACAAUUACUAAGAUCUGCCGGGCAGAGCAGCCGGCUAACAGCCGCUAGAACUAACGCCGGCUGGCUUAUAGUCGGUGCUAUAUGUACCCUGGGUGUUCCUGUAGUGCGUGGUCUUCUCCCACGCAUGUUGUUACUGUGGAGGAACAGCUUCCCUCGAUCAGCUAAAGAACUGGAGUCAGAAAAAGCCAGAGGCGAUGCGUUUACUUGGCAGGUAACUCUGGAAGGUCGUGCUGGUGCGUUAUCUGCUCUACAUAGUCUGUUAAUACAUUGUCCGUCACUCGUCAACAAUGAGGACACCGCCAAACGCCUCGCCCAGCCGAUAGAUGGCGCCAUUGCUGUCUUGACCAACGUGGGUCAGGUAGUCCGUAACUACGGGGGGUCACUCAAAGCCCCCGCAGCCUUACUCCGUCUGCGUUUAUACCAGGCGUGUGCUGCGUUGGGGUCGUUGUCAGCCCCCGCGGCACCCCUACUAAGGUUAUUAGCUGCCGAGCUGGCCGGCUCCGCUGACCCCGGAGGAGCUAUCGUCGCAACUGGUAUGUUAAGAAAUGCGAUGCAUCCUCGUGAUACGAUUCUACUGGGUGAAGAAGCUUGGAUAUAUGAGACUGAUCAUGCUGAAAUAGAAGAACAGCUGAUAUCUCCGCUAAGUGCGAGUGGGUCGGGUGCUCUGGAGCACGAUCCUUGUCGUCUUUACCGUGACGCUAGCGGCGCUCAGCCCCUAGGCGUCGCAGUCAUAGACGCGUCUGUGGCACUGUUCCCGGCCGUGUUUGCAAGAGCCGCUAAUAAACAUAGACAGCAAAUGCUUGAACACUUCGUGGAAUGCAUCAAAAUGUCGAAAGGAACUCGCCAGGAGGCCAUACAAAUAAAUGUUUACACCGCGCUGUUGUUGGCGCUGAGGACGUUGGGAGAGAUGAAGAGUUCACUGGGACAAGACGCUGUCAAGAAUACCGCUACGGAACUCAUUAUAUCAGGGUUGUCAGCGAGCAGUACAUCAGUUCGUGCUGCUGCAGCGUCAUGCGCAGGAAGACUCUGUGGCUGUAUCACAGAGUCUGAGACUCAGGCAUUAAGCGAACGUGUGAUAGCCCUAGCUAGGACGUCCCCUAACAGAUCGGUCCGUGCAGCCGCUGCAGCCGCUGUUGGGACUGUACAGCGGGCGAGGGGAGCUGCAUCAAGCGCUGCAGCGCUGCCUGUGUUAAGAGCACUGGCACAGGAUACAGCUGCGGUUGAAGUACAGGUGUGGUCACUUCACGCGCUGUCCGUGCUAAUAGACGCCUCGGGUCCAAUGUUCCGUAGUCACGUGGAGUCGACUCUAAACCUGGUACUGAAAUUAUUGUUCAACGCUCCGCCCAGUCAGGACGACCUACAUAGAAGUAUAGGAAGACUCCUCGCAGCUCUCAUUACUGUUGUUGGACCUGAACUACAAUCAUGCGGACACAGUGCCGUAGGUCGCUUCACGUGCGCGUGCGCAGCGUUACGGGAGGGGGGCGGAGCUGGCAGCGCUGCCGACGCCAUCGGAGGCCUGCAACAACUACAUCUGUUCGCACCCGGACAUGCUAACUUACGGACUCUCGUGCCGCAGCUAUGUCGUGAUUUAUCCAGUCCCGAGCUGUCUGUACGCCGAGCAGCACUAUGCUGUUUGCGGCAGCUGUCACAGAAAGAUGCUGCUGAUGUGUGCAAGUACGCGCUACUUGCUAAGGACCACGUGCCUACUAAACCUUACUGUGGUGUAGUGAUAACAGACACAGGUCUCCCAGGUGCAUUGUUCGCAUUCCUUGAUAUGGAGCGUGACGAAAUGGCGAUAUCAUACGCCAAGGAUACUUUGACGUGUUGUCUGUUGGCGGCCGCCGCCAAUAAGUCGGUCAAGGAUUGGCUGCUAUUGGCCAAACGAGUGCUAACUGUUAAAUUGGAGGACAGCAAUAAUCCUGACACGGAGUUAGAAGAUGACGAUGAUCAGGCGGAGUUCCACGCUGAGAGUGAACAGGCGACGCACCCGGCGGUACAACCGCGGUGGCCUACAAGGGUGUUUGCAAUGGAAUGUAUCCAGAAGGUUAUGGGCGCGUGCGAAGCUACUGGAGAAAGCGCGCACUUUGAUCUUGUGAAAGCGAAAGAAAAAUUACAAGAGGAUCCGAAUGCUGAUUACCUAUCGUUGCAUCUUUCCGACCUCGUGCGUAUGUCUUUCGUCGGAGCUACUGGUGAAUCUGAUGCUCUCAGAUUAUGCGGACUUAACACAUUACAACUCAUUAUACAGCAGUACGCGAGGGCACCGGAACCGGAUUUCCCCGGACACCUACUUCUUGAACAGUAUCAGGCACAGGUCGGUGCGGCUGUCCGUCCCGCGUUCGCCGGUGACACAGCGUCGCACGUUACAGCGGCGGCAUGCGACGUUUGCUCCGCGUGGAUCGGCUGUGGCGUCGCAAGAGAUAUUAACGAUCUGCGCAGGGUUCACCAACUGCUAGUAUCAAGUCUGGAUAAAUUAAAUAAGAAAGGCAACACUACACUAAUCUACAACGAGAGUAUGGCAACAUUGGAAAAAUUAUCCAUUCUUAAAGCGUGGGCUGAGGUGUAUAUAGUUGCUAUGGUUAGCAAUGAUAGCGCUCCAGGAAGUUACGUCAAACAAUUGGAUACUAAACCGGUGAAUAACAAAGCGGAAAUAGCUAAAUGGAGGAAUAGAGUGUACGAUAAUAACAAUCAAACAGACAACGCGACCCAGGAGAGUGAGGACGAUGAUUACGGAGAGUUUGAGUCCAAGGGAGAGAGUUUACUUAAAUUGGUUGAACCGGAACUGGAGAGUUUAGGAGAGAAUUGGCUCGCGGCCUUGAAGGAUCACGCGCUAUUGAGUCUACCACCAGAGUUCGCGUCCCAGUUGCCUCAUGGUGGAGGGGCUUUCUACUCUAUGGAAACAGCAGAAGCGUCCCGAGCUCACUACGGCCGCGCCUGGCCCGCGCUACUGUACGCAGCUGCGCUUAGAUAUAAUGCUGAUAUAACGACCGGCGUUCAUACGGAGAAAACGGACAACACAGUUGAUAACAGAUCGAGCAAGACAGAAAACGGAAAUUUCGAAUUUUUCGAACCAGCUGAUGAGAAAUUCCAUCUACUAUUUGGUAUCUGUAUGGAGGCUCUGUGUGCUCAGCGUGACAUGACGGUGGAAAAUACAAUUACAGUUCUAUUGUCAGUGGUGACUUUACUUGACGCUCCCGAGAACAGAGCGAGGCUUAUGAAAGACAGAGCAUUGGCCAUCGAGGUGUGUCAGAUCAUUCAUCGAGCUGGUCUAACACAGGAGAGCAUCGAGGCGCUGUUGUUGUGCGCUGAUGUAUUGGAACUAGUGAUAACAGCUGCCAAGGACCAUUUGAAGACUGCCAUCACUGAUAAGAUAGCUGAACUAGCCCCAGAUUCAACACCAGAUAACAUACCGGAAUCAGUAUUGGAGGUUGUUCAUACACUUGGUGAGGGCGGGCCGACGGGGGAUUUACCGCCGGGGAAGUCCCUGGUUUUCGCUUGUUUGGAAGUCUGUCUGUGUUUAUUGGUGCGGAGAUUACCCGCCUUGAGUCCGCUCAAACAGGAGGGGAGAGUGGGGGUGAUUGGCGUUAGGAAGGGUUUGGGGGUACAUGGAGAUACUCUACUUAUAAAGAGCCUUGCCUCUAUGUCGCAAUUGACUACACUGACCAGUCCACAAGGAGCGUUAUCAAUAUUACCCACCAUUCUGUAUCUAUCCACGGAGGUGAUUCGUUCCCUACAAAGCAGCCCCGCUCUAUGUGAGGCGGGAGUGCUGCUGCUGCAAUUAGCGGCAGACUGCAGCACGCCCGUGACGUCACAGGUGCGGCAACAGCACGCACUGCUGCUGAGAGCCACGCUCGCUAAUAUACUGGAACGGGUUAAGACAGAGGAUCCCGAACAACGUAUAGACAGUGUGACGGGCGCGCGGGCCAUGGCGGCGAUAGUGGCAAGGGCAGAGCCCGACCCUCCGCUACACUACCCCUGUAUAAACCACUUCAGACAGUGUCUGGAUACUAAAGACCCGGAGGUGUUCUCGUCUGUAUGUUGUAUCCUGCGCGUCAUCUGGUCUCGCUCAUGCCCCCCUCGCUCCGUGUCAUGGUGGGCUCGAUCCUUAGCCGGGCGGGUUGUAGGUCGCGCGGCCGGAGCCCGCCACGCCACGGACGCAGGCGAGGCGCGGGCUGCGGUCGCCGCUGUUGGAGCCCUAGACGACCUUGUAGACGCCGCGCCUGAUGCUGCCAAGGAUCCUCACAAAGGGAUCCAAAUGUUGUGGAUCUUGGUCCCUAUAGUGACGUCAUACCUCCGUGAACCUUCCGAGCUAGAUAAGGCGCCUCACUUGAAGAUUCUACACGAUUUUGCUCUUCAAUGGCUGAUGAGAGUUGGACCGAAACAUCCACAGGAGUUCAAGAGUAUGUUGUCUCAGUCACCUGAGCUUCGUUCCAAGUUGGAGGCAGCGGUGAAGGCUCGAGCUCCGCCGCGUGUACACACACACACUAACAGACAACAAACACCGCACGCACCCACUAUACAACUGAGGACAGACUUUAGUGACUUCAGAUAA